ACUCGUCAAAAGCCACAUUCACAAAAACAAAAUUAAUCAAUUUUUGAUUUAAUACAUUCAUUCUCUUUCUUUUGCUGUUGUUUAUAAUCAUCAACAAAGUCAAAAUUGGUGGCAAACAUGUCUUUGGAAGAGAAUUCGAAAGAAGAGCCAGAAUUGGCUCAAAACACAACCGAAAAUCAAACCAAACAAUUGAAAGAUCGAAAAAGUCGUAAAGAUAAAGUAAAACCACUGGCGAAGGUUGUAAUUCGUCGUCUUCCGCCAACGAUGACCGAAGAUGAAUUUGUGAAACAAAUCGAACCAAUUCCCGAUCAUGAUUAUUUCUAUUUUGUGGCGGCUGAUUGGUCGUUGGGUGUGAAUGCUACAUGCCGAGCUUAUGUUAAUUUUUGCAAUCAAAACGACAUUUUCAUCUUUCGUGAUAAAUUCGAUGGUUAUGUAUUUGUCGAUAAUAAAGGUACCGAGUAUCCAGCUGUCGUUGAGUUUGCUCCAUUCCAAGGUUUACCCAAAGGAAAAUCAAGGAAAAAAGACCACAAGGCCAGCACCAUUGAAAAUGAACAACACUAUUUGACAUUCUUGGAAUCGUUAAAAGAGGACGAAACUGAAGGCAAAAGUGAACUCAAAAUGGAAUACUCGUUUCAAAUCAAAGAUGAUCAAAAGAUUACAUCAACACCGUUAUUGGAAUAUUUGGCAAAUGUCCGACAAGAGCGACGAGAUGAACGCAAACGAAAAAUUGAAGAUAAAAAACGACAACGCGAAGAGGAAAAACAACGCAAAAAAGUACAAUUGGCAAAAUCAAUGCCAAAAACUAUUGAAGAAGAUGCCAAGGAAAAUGAUGACGGAAUUAUUGUGCGUACCAUAAAAUCUCGACCAUUGGAUCGUGAUCGAAAUAAGAAUUCUGAUGGUAAUAAAGAAAAGUCUGAAAAUUCUCGUGCCGAACGAGAGAAACAAAGGAAUAAAGAGCGUCAGGCUAGGCGCAAGGAGGAACGGGAACGCAAUCGAAAAGAACGUGAAAAAAUAAAAGACGAAAAGAAAGUAACGAUCGCAACCGCAGCUGAAACAGACCAGAAAGACUCAAAAAAUGAUAAAGAUGGCACUGAAAAGGUGAAAAAAUACAGCGAAAGCCGACGUGAUAGAAAACGGCGCAACGAAUCGAAUUCGGGCGUUAAGUCAUCACAGUCGAAAAGUGAACAGAAAGAAUCCAACGAAGCUAAAGAUUCUCAAGCAGAUACAACACCAAGGAGCACAUCCAAUGAUGAUAGCAGAGGCAACAACGCCGAAUCGAAGCAACGCGAAAAAGAGCAAAAGGAUCGUUCAAUUACCAAUUUACGUAACAAAGAUCGGCCAUCACUUCAAAUUUAUCAGCCAGGAAAGCGUCGUACAAAUAGUUUAACAACAUCCGAAGAUCCAACGACACCUGAAAAUGAAAGCACCACCAUAAAUUUGGAGAAACCAUCAAAAAGUCAUGAAAAUCGAAAACGAAGCGAUGCAAAAGAAUCUUCCAAAAGUGAUGACAGCAAGAAACUGUCAAACGAAAAAAGAAUUAGCCGUUAUUCGGAAAAGCGAAACAAAGCGAAGGAAAAGCGUGAUUUAACUGAUUAUCCAGCCACUGAUUGUAUUCCCGGUUUAAACAAUGAUGAGAAAAACAAUGAUGUUUUUUAAAAAAAAUUCGAUUCGAAAAGAAAACAAUCUGUUACACUGCGCACAGUCUUAAUAAAUAGAAGAAAAAAAUUGAAA